AUGAACAUUUUUCGGUUGUGCGCAGACUUGACACACUUGGCUUCUAUCUUUAUUCUACUUGCAAAGAUAAGACAAAGUCGUUCUUGUGUUGGUAUUUCACUCAAGUCUCAAAUUUUAUAUAUCAUUGUCUUUUUGACGCGAUACAUUGAUGUUGUCUAUAAAUUUCACUCUAUCUACAAUACCUGUAUGAAGAUUUUCUUCCUUGCUUCGUCCUUUUAUGUGUUGUAUUUGAUGAAAGUUAAAUUUAAAGCCACAUAUGAUCCAAACCUCGAUACGUUCCGUAAUGAAUACUUGGUCUUGUUUGCUGGUGUCUUGUCUGUCGUUCUUUGCUAUGAAUACACACCUGUUGAAAUUCUCUGGUCUUUCUCUAUUUGGUUAGAAUCAGUGGCUAUUUUACCACAAUUAUUCAUGUUGCAACGUACAGGUGAAGCAGAGACAAUCACAACACAUUAUAUUUUUGCUUUGGGUGCUUAUCGUACUCUCUAUUUGUUUAAUUGGGUCUAUCGUUACUAUUAUGAACCUAAUUAUACUGUGGAUUGGAUUGCAUCUGUUGCUGGUUUAUUACAAACUGCUUUGUAUAGUGAUUUCUUUUAUAUUUAUUAUGUCAAAGUUGUCAAGGGCCAAAAGUUUGAAUUACCUAAGUAA